GAAACCUCGCAGGGAAUGUCUUGCAGAGGAUACCUAAGAAUGGCUUAUUGGACCUCCCUUACCUUAUUUUGCUCAAUUUGACCAGCAACAACAUUGACAAGCCUUUCGAAAUUCCUGAGUCUUUAAUGACUUUAUACGCUAGUGGAAAUCGACUGCAAGACAUCGACUUGGUCAUGAAAAACGGAGUCAAGCUGCUAGCAGCGGAUUUCGAAGACAACAGAAUAAGAGCGAUCGGUAAAAACACCUUUGCAAGAUGUACCAAGUUGAUGCAUUUGUAUUUAAACUCGAAUGAUUUGACUAGUAUAGGAGCGGACGCAUUCAAGAGUUGCACCAACCUUCAACAUUUAUCCCUGGAGAGAAACAAGAUAUCAACCAUAUCAGCCAAGGAAUUGACUGGCCCGAAGUUCAUCGAGACCUUGAAAAUUUCAGGAAAUCAUUUGAAGGAACUCGGCCCGGAUACUUUUGAAGGACUACAGAUACAAGAAUUAUGGAUACGAAGCAACGAUUUGCAACUGUUAAGGGCACACACCUUUGGUAUUGUCCCCAAGCUCAGCUGGAUAACGCUAGAGGUCAAUAGAAUUCCCGAGAUUCCAACUAGUUUGUUUGUGGAUCCUUCGAACAAACAGCAUAGGAAAGAAAUCCAAACAUUUUCUUUUGCUGGUAACGCAGUAAGCCGAGUUGCCAUUGGAGCUUUUAAUGGUGUUAAGAAGUUCAACAAGUUGGAAAUGCACAGCAAUCACCUAAUGACUCUACCAGAGGGUUUGUUUGAACCGACAACUGAAAUCAUGGAGUUGUUUUUAGCGGAUAACGACCUAGUUUUUCUACCAGAGAAUCUGCUAGUCAACGCAACAUUAACCGACAUGCUUGACAUUAGCUCCAAUCGUCUCCCAUCCAUCCCUGAUGGCUUAUUUCGCAAUCAGACCAAGCUAAGGAGACUCUUUAUCCAACGCAAUCAAAUCAGGGUCUUCAACAGAGAGAUGUUCAAGGAUCUUCACUCUCUGGAAUUUCUAUUCGCAUUUGACAAUCCUGUCACUGAGAUACAAGACUGGCUUUUUUACAACACGCAGCUUACGAAUUUAUACAUGUUCCAAAACAAUCUUUCAUCGAUUGGAGAGAGGCCAUUUGCCACCGUCAAUAACACAAUCAAACAGGUAUCGUUGUAUAACAGUCAUUUGACAACUAUUUCCGAUGUCGUUUGGCAAGAUUUGGGUUCCAACGCCUAUGUGGCUGUUGAUAAUACCAUUCAGUUUGCGCCUGCCACAAACCGGACUGACCUGAAAAUUGAGUUGGUUGGUGAUGGGUUCGCCCUACCGAUACUUGUAUCGAAGAAAAUGGCAGGACUCUUUAAUGAAUCUGGAUUCACCUGCUCAAAAACUGGCUUCAAAGUUCUUCCGUGGCGAUGUGUGCCCUGUGCACAGGGGUAUUAUGGAGAUCCGCAGAAUAGUGUGUGUAAAGCAUGCCCACCAGGAGGUUUUUACCAAAUCAAGACUGGACAAGUAGCGGACAAAUCGCAGCCCAUCAACUGUCAAAAGUGCAACAAUGGAACCUACGUCACCCCAGCUGCUCACCCUGGUAUCAGCCCUGCAGAUUGCACGGUGUGUCCUACAGGUACCAAUAAAAGUCUCCAUGCAGGGUUCCGCGCAUGCUCAUGUCUUGAUAAGUAUUACCGUAAAGAUCGGUUUGGUGAGUGUUAUCGUUGCCCAGACGAAGGUCUUAACUGUUCAGGGGAGUAUCAACACCUCUUACCUGGAUUCUGGUGGACUUGGAACUGGGGCUCAAACGACAACUACAAAGCAUAUCGGCGGUUUGUUGUAAACAUGAGGAGCAGAAACGAUUCUUACAAUAGUACCACGCAGCAUUUUAGGGGAGUGUUGCCUAAGGUACAUCCGUGUCCACGUAAGGAGUCCUGCUUGAAUGAAGGUGAUGGUAUCAAUGCCACUUGUGAGGUUGGUUAUGAAGGUUGGCUUUGCUCUGAAUGCAGUAUGGGGUACUACGCGUGGUUUGAUAGCUGUAAUGUUUGCCCAAAGUGGUGGUGGUUCUUACUUGAAGUCGUUCUGUUGCUGGUCGUGUUGGCCGUGGUAAUACUCGUCAUCGCUUGGGAUGUGCGGAGAAACCAGAGAAAAGGACGGUCAGCCAUUGAUGUGAUCUUUGCUAGGGGGAAAAUCUUGCUGGGUUUCUAUCAGGUAAUGGGCGAGAUAUUCUCUACCCUUGACGAGAUUCCCUGGCCGAAUAUUCUGACCAAGUUUGGGUCAUUUUUGAGACUACUGGAGAUGAAUAUUGUCCAACUGGUUAUCAGUCCUCGCUGCUACUUUCCAGACUUCACCUACCGCAAUGUGUACAUUGAGUAUUUGUUUGGGAUGAGCUUAAUUGCGUUCGUUGUGUUGGCAGCAAUAUGUUUCUAUUGGGUCUCUAAGUGCUACUUGGCGGUCAAGAAAUACACUGUUGAAAAGCGUGUCAAGGCUUUGUCAACUACAAGGCAGAAAUGUUACCUGUUUGUUGUCAUGCUUCUCUUUGUGUCAUAUCCUGGCUUGUCCGGUGUUAUCUUCACCCUCUUGCCUUCUGGCUGCGACCUGUUCUAUCUAGAUGAGAACGAGACAUACAAUGCUACGAGACUUCGAUCCGAUUACUCUAUCGACUGUCAAGACGAGCAGCAUGUUCAUUUCAACCAUGCUGCUGAAGUUUCUCUCUGUUAUGUUGUUGGCUUUCCGUCCUUGCUGUUUGUACUUCUGUGGAGAAGCAACAGACAAGACAAGAUGAAGAAUUCGGAGGAGCAGCCUUUGCUUGAAUCGGCAGUAGAUGAUCCGAGUUACUGCAGCAUUAAUGAUCCAACUAUGCCACCAAGAAAUGAAGAUGAUUCCUCACUUAAUCAAUCAGGCAUCAACCUCCUAAAUCCCAUACAGCAAAGUCAGGCGGAGAUCAGCUGGAAAAGUUUCCUCAGUGGAAACUACAAAGCAGAGUUCUGGUAUUGGGAAAUUGUUGAGCUCUCUCGCAAGAUAAUUCAAACGCUGUUUGUGCUGCUGUACGGCCCAGAUGAUCACUUCACCAUGUUUGCAACCAUCGCCAUAUCUGUUGGGUUCCUGCUCCUACAUGCAUAUGUGAGACCGAUGAAAGAUGCCACCGAUAACCGUCUACAGAUGUGUUCCCUUGCAACCAUCUUCCUGAAUCUCCUGGCAGCUUCCUUGCUCCUGUCUUCUGCUGGAGGUGGCACAGAGAGAACCGAAGUCCUUGCCGCUAUCCUAGUUCUGAUGAACUUCAGCAUCAUUGUGUUUGUCAUAGUGAGUCUUCUCUGGAUUGUGAUGAAGUCACUGUGGCGCCGUGGGUGCUGUAGCAGUAUGGCAGCAUGCAUUGCUAAAGCCUGUUGCUGGUGCUAUCGACACGAGUCAUUGGGCAGGCAAGGCAGCGACAUUCAUCUCACGAUGACCAGCGUGAGUUAUCAUUCGCUUGAUGUUGACGAAGACUAUGCAGAAAGGCCUUUUGAAGAUAUCAUAUCAGAACAUUAUCACAAGGUUGAGUAAAAAUAAUUAAAACUUCAAAAUUAAAAGGCCAAUCAGAUUUGUCAAUAAUAUUGGAUUUACUUCUAUAGUCAAGCGGGGACAUGUAAGAGCUUCAACCUAGUUUGUUGUAGUUUCGCUACAGAUCAGCUUGAAUAUUUGCAAUGUGAGUUCACAAAAUGUUGAGUUUAUUUUUUUUGUGGAUUUAUAAAUUAUAUAAAUUUAUAAAUUAUCAGAGAUUUCCUUGAGAUAGGUGAAAUGUAAAUAAAUAUGCACGGACAGAUAAUGGUCGAAUUUUGAUAAAUUCAAGAUCCUGUAAGUCUGGUUGCCUUCUGUUUGCAUCAACCACUUGUAAAUAUGCAUCUAUAAAUAUUUUUAAAUGUACACAAUUAUGGACCAGAGAACAAUGUAGGUUUGCUUAAUAGCUAUUUUAUCCCCAUUAUCUUUUCACAGAUAUGAUGAAUUUCGUAACUAAAGCUCUGCUUUGUAUGAAAAACUGCUCCGAGGUCAUUAUUUGGUCAAUGGUAUCUAGAAGAUCGAUGAUCAGUUAACUCAGAUAAUGUGAGCAGAGGAGUACCUCAAUGUGUUUCUUUGAAGGCAAAUCAUCAUUCUUAAGUUAAAAACCUCUUAAACAAGCUGAAUUUUUUUUUUCAAAAUCUUCCUUGGUUUUAUAAAAUGAAUUGUAACAAUGCUCACAUCUCUGAAUGGUCUCCAAUACCAGCAGUUUUUUCAUCUUUCUUGCUUCUUCUGGACGUCCAGUCUUCUUUAGUAAUAAUAUUUAGGUCUACAGGCCAUCACUGUAAUCUAAGUCACAUUAUAAACAUUUAAUUGAUGUAAAAAUGGCAGACAACUGCACAAGUAAACUUAAAUAAGAACAUGACAGAUAUAAUAAAUAGGUAGGCUCAAAUGUAUUUAAGGUAGUCAAUCCAAGCAAUUCAUCAGUCAGAAAAGAAAACAAAUCCUGCUUUACUUACGGUGUAUCAUAAAAAAACCUGAAGCAGUUUCCUGUAGGGUAUAUAUUUA